AUUACCCCCACACCAGGAGAUGGCUCCAACACGUGUUUUGCAUACAGUGCUAGGCAAAGCGUUGCAGUGGUUUCCUUGCAUGGGGCGAAUGGCACAGGCAGGAAGUGCUCCCCACCCCCAUGCCCUUGCACAGGGCUGCUGCUUGCAAAGUCUCAUUUUCCAUCACGGCUGCAUGCAUGCACACACACAGGGCAGUACCGAGAAAAGUGCUCCACUCCUGAUGAUGCUGCCACACUGAGUCAACACUUUCAACGAGCUGUCCACCAUGAACCCAAGAUCUCUCUCCUGGGAUUCAAGCUCCCUUGUGUUCUGUGUGUGCUGCUCCCGCUGUUUCAAGGGCAUGCCCUGGCUUCAAGCGGAAGUGGUGGCAGCAGCAGUGACUCUGUCACUGUGAGUCUCCUAGUAUGCCUGCUGCUGCUCCUUCUCCUGUUGCUGUUCCUAGCAUGGCGUCGGCUGAGCUACGAGUCAGAAGGAAGAUACCAUCCCCGGACCCUGAUGAGAAGCCUGUACCUCCGGUGGCAGGAAUUCAGAGGGGAGGCAGCCACAGAGGAGUUGUCCCAAGUCUACCAGGAAGAGAGAGAUGAAGAGCUUGGGGAGCAGCAACAGGAUGAUACAGAUGAGGAGGAGGAGCAGCAGCAGCAGCUCCAGAAAGAAGACAACAAGCAAGAGGAAGGAGAAGGGCAGAUCAUGCUUAGCAAGAAGGCUGAUCCCGAGUCGUCAGAAAACAUAGAGCUACCAGAGCCCUCAGAGGAGGAUGGGGGAUCGAGAGCCACAGAGGGCAGUGCAGAGGCCUUGCUCAGUGAUCUGCAUUCCUUCUCUGGGACAGCAGCUUGGGAGGACACUGGCAAAUUGCAUGUCACUGCCCUCUAGAGGUGGCAGAGAGGAGGGUACAAGUAGGACUCCCCACAAGGGCAACUAUGGACUGAAAUAGGGCAGGGCAAUGGCCCCAUCUCUGACAACCUCCACAGAUUAAGUCUCACCUCAUCCUAUGAACUCCUUUUGCCAUGCUUUGCCCAGUUCCUUUUUGUACCACAGCCUUCGCUUGCUCUUGCCUGUCUGGUAGCCUCUUUUUGUGUUUGUUUUUAAAAUAAAAAGUACCUUCCCUGUGACAAAGCAGAGGGAAGAUGGCUACA